ACCACACGCACUGCCAUGGCUGGGGUGCUUGUGCGCAAAGUGAUGGACUAUGUCCUCAGCAAGGACUUCCAGGACUAUCUCAUGAGCACGCACUUCUGGGGCCCAGUUGCCAACUGGGGUCUCCCCAUUGCUGCCAUCAAUGACAAGAAGAAAUCUCCAGAGAUUAUCAGUGGGCGGAUGACCUUUGCCCUCUGUUGCUAUUCCUUGACAUUCAUGAGAUUUGCCUACAAGGUACAGCCUCAAAACUGGCUUCUGUUUGCAUGCCAUGGAACAAACGAAGUAGUCCAGCUCAUUCAGGGAGGGUGGCUUAUCAACUAUGAGAUGAGUAAGAAGGCAUCUGCCUAGCAGUUCGAGGACCAGCUCUUGAAAGGGACAGUGCCUCAGCCACUGUCGCCAAGACAGAGAUCGCAUCAGCCGAAGGGAAAACACAGAAUGCUAUCCUUAAUUACCAUGCCAACAUUAUAGAAAAGCUGAGAGUCUCUAAAUCAACUUUCUGCUGCCUUAUCAAUGCUAAAAUUUAUUUGUCUUCAUCAAGAGUAGUUCAAAAUAUGCAACUAAUUUAAUAAUUUUGAAUGAUGGUUUUAUCUGUAAUAAUCUGUAGUAAUGUGUAUAUUAUCUAUUGGGAUUUGUGUAACAAAAAUCUAAGGAACAAAAAUUUAUAACUAU